UGGAACACAUUGAGAUUUUCUUUCCAUUAUCAUAAGACAACAAAAUUGUUGUCAACGACAACAAUACUGAACAAUCAUCAGUGCGUAUUAUAACCAAAAUUGUAUUUGCAUCAUUCAUAGUGUUGCACAAACUCUAAAGUAUCAUUUUGAUUCAAUCGAUUAACCAAAAAGAGAAAAAAAAACUCAAUUACGUCAAUCGAAUAAAUGAAAAAACAAACUCAGCUUGUAAUGGAAAUUUGAACGAGUUAUAUUUUUCAUUGUUUUUUUUAUAGCACAAAUAUUCAUUCAAAAAGCACAAGAUCAUACGCCCAAAAAAACAAGCCUUCAAUCACUUGUUGAUCAAAAAUCUUUAAUUUUUUUCGCACAAAAUUUAUAAUUAUCAUGCAAAAUUCCAACCCAAACGAUGCGGCCAAAAUGACCAACCCACAACAUUCGCAACAACAGCAACCAAUUUAUCCAAGUGUACCACCACCACUUUUCAACAUGGAUCCACCACCCGCCUAUUCACCACCAGGACCAGGAUUUAUUCAUAUCCAGCAACCAGGCACUCAAACAUUUGACGCUAACACAACACCCACUACAGCUCAUGUAAUAACUGUUCAGCCACUUUCACUUGGAUUAUCACCUAAUCCGGUUCAAAUGACAUGCCCUAAUUGUAAUGCCACUACAUUGACCGAGACAAGUGCAGUACCAGGUUUGCUUACAUAUCUUGCCGCCGGAACACUUUUUCUAUGUGGAUGUUGGGCUGGUUGCUGUUUAAUUCCUUGUUGUAUACCCGAAUGUUUGGAUAUUGAUCAUCGAUGUUCGAAUUGUAAGACCAAUAUUGGCCGAUAUCGUCGAAUUUGAAUUAAACGAAAAUUCCUUUAUCAUCAAUUAUCAAGCCAUGGUAUUAAUCAAGAAGUAAAACUUUUCUCCUGCUCUCCAUUGAGUUAACUAAGUCAAAUUAUAUUGAUAAUGAACCAAACUUGAAUUUCUUCUUUAUGUGAUCAUGGCGAAACUUUAAUCUCAUUAUAUUCUACACAUUAUACUAUGCUUUUUGUUUGAUAUAUUCAUUUUAUUGUGUUUAACAAAUUAUGUUUUUAUCUCUUGUUGUCAUAUAUAUUAUAUAUCUAAUGAAUGAAUAAUAAUUAUCAAACUGAAUGAAUUUUUCAUAAAA